CCUGUUUCGGGAUGCUUGAGCUCGGCAGCCGUUCAGUCUGUCGACGGAAUCCUAACGGAUCUCUCUCCUCCCACAUCCGCUCGUCCCGCAAAUUCCCAAAUUUUUUAGUUUGACAAAUGAAUUCCAUUCGAUUUUGAACUUUGAACAAUUGCUAAACGAGCUGGGCUUCGAGACGUGGAUUUGUUUUGUGUUAAAAAACUUUUGAAAUCAAACAAAAGGCGCGAAAAGAUUUAAGAAAAUGGCCUACACGCGGCUACCGGAUUUGUUUUCUCCUGUUCAAUGUGCACUAAAAACUUUACAAGUGUGAAAAAACAAAAACUUUGAAAACGAAUCUGUGCUUCUACAAACGUCAAUCUUCUUUGAUUUAAUCGCAGAAAAUCACGGAAACGUCCACAAACAAAAAAAGAAAAAAAGAAAAAAAGACGGGAAGCCCGGAAGGGCCCUGGGUAAUCAACAUGGCGGCAAGAUGGAAUCAAAACGUCUCAGCCGGACAAGAAUAUCUAAACUUCUCGACGUGGCCGUUAGAUUCGUACUACAACUACUUAUUGCACUAUUGCAACAACAACACGGCCAGCGUCUGCUGUCAAUGGAAUAACUGCACUGAUGUCUCAACAUACAUCUUAGAAGGCACCAACAGCAGCAACGCAACCGAUUAUUGGAUCAACUCGACAAACCCACAGAGGCCAGAAGACAAUCUGAUAUUUACCAGCUUGACUUCAGCCAUCUUGGGAGUUCUCAUACUGGCCACUAUUAUUGGUAAUGUCUUCGUUAUUGCUGCCAUUCUUCUGGAGCGACACCUGCACUCGGUUGCCAAUUACCUGAUCGUCUCUCUGGCUGUGGCCGACCUCCUUGUUGCCUGUUUGGUGAUGCCACUAGGUGCCGUCUACGAGAUUAGCCAAAGAUGGAUUCUGGGACCGGAAUUAUGCGACAUGUGGACAUCAUCCGACGUGCUCUGUUGCACCGCAUCUAUUCUUCACUUGGUUGCCAUAGCAACCGACAGAUACUGGGCCGUGACUAAUCUCGACUACAUCCACAAUCGGAACGUCAGCCGCAUCGGGACGAUGAUCUUCCUCGUCUGGGCGGUGGCAUUGGUCGUGUCCGUCGCGCCGCUUUUUGGCUGGAAAGACGCGGAAUUUCUGGACAGAGUCAACAUCCAACAGCGUUGCCUCAUUAGUCAAGAUGUCUCUUAUCAAAUUUUCGCCACAUGCGCCACGUUCUACGUUCCGUUGGCUGUCAUCCUUAUCGUUUACUGGAAGAUCUUCCAGACGGCCAGACGAAGGAUAAGGAAGCGCGUCAAUCAACAACAAGGCCAGCAGCUGGACCAUUCGCACCUCAACCGCGAUCGCAAAAUGAUUCGACGCUGGUUCAAGUGCGCGGCAGCCUCUUCGUCGGCCGAAGAAUCCGAACACAUCAAAGAAGACGAGCCCCAAGCCCGAACGAGUAGCGACAACGUCAUGGCCGUCGGUCAAGACGAGCAUAUCGCUGCCGAUCAGCAAACGACGGCCUUCACGAUCGAAAUUCCCGAAAUGACGCCGUCAAUCACGUCGGAAAAUGUCGUACCCGUUGCAGUCAAUCGACAAUCGCCACUCAACGGUUCGACGGUGGCCCUGAGCAGCCCAGUCAUUAAAACAAUGGCGCCAGCGACGACUAACAUGGCCAAAACAACGGAGAACGCGGUUCGAAAGAAAAGAGAAACGCUCGAAGCCAAACGCGAACGCAAAGCAGCCAAGACGUUAGCCAUCAUAACGGGUGCAUUUGUUAUGUGUUGGCUGCCAUUCUUUGUCUGCGCGCUGCUGAUGCCUUUAAGACCCGAUUGGGUCUUUGACGAGACAAUGCUCUCCGUCUUCCUUUGGCUCGGCUAUUUCAAUUCCACGCUCAACCCCAUUAUCUACACCAUCUUCAGUCCAGAGUUUCGGCAGGCGUUCAAACGGCUACUUUGCGGCAAGUCGGCCGUCAACGGAACCUCAGCUUAUCGGCCGCGUAAACUUCGUUGAAAAAAGAAAAAAUUUCCAAAAACAAAAACGAUCCGAAUUUUUAACGACGGUUCAAACAAUGCACGUAUACGACCGAAACGCGUUGCCUACACACAAAAAAGAACCAUGCGUAUUUUUUGUUUAUUAUCCGAUGGAAACGAAGCGAUUCGGUGAAAGGACUUUGUUGUUGAAUUUGCCACGUUUUUCCCCCAAAAUUAAAAAAAAAAAAAUUGAUAUAUCAUUAAACGUUCCAAUCCCUCCGUAUCACGUUAUGUACCGUUUCGCUUCUCAUCAUUAAAUAUUAAAAAAAAAGCCAGUGAAACUUCUCGUUUGUGUCAUCUAAAAUGUUAUUUGUUAUUUGCGGCAGACGACAAAAACUCCAUGAAAACAAACAGUGUAAUAUUUUAAAAAUAUAUAUAUUAUUCCUUUCUUUCCUAUUUAUCAAAUAUUAUGGCUGUCACGAUGUACGAUCACCUGUUCGUGUUCCCUCUGGUAAAUGCGACAAAAAUUGAAUCGAUAAAACGUUGCAUUGCAACACACGGAUGUGAACAGAUUUGCAAGAGCAGAAAGAGAUUUAAAAGAGGGAGAGUGUGCGUGAUGCAUGUUUUGCUGUCGAGCGAUGAAUGUGUUUUUUUUUUAAGCGUGCAUGUGCGAUUUGCGUGUACCAUUGUUGUUAAUUUUCCCUUUUCGCGUGUUUUCCUUUCGAUGGCCAAAAAUGUUGUACAUAACAACUUGAAAAUUCAUGUGUAACAAAUAAACUCAAAUAAGAGCAAAA